UGCAGUUUUGGUUGAAUGAAAAGGCCGUACUGCCCUUUCCGGGUUGCCUCUGUGGAGGAGAGCCGCAGGGUGUCCUGGGAGCCCGUAGGCUCAGCUAGGUUGAUCUCUCCUCGCCUCCCUCUCCAAACUCUCAUUUCUGUGGAGGCAGCUGCUGGUUGCUCUUGCGCGAGGCUCCUGGACCCCGGCCGCCUGCCCCGGACGCUGGAGGCCAGAGUCUGGCGGCCUAUGCAGGGUCUGCACACUAGCAGGCGCGAAUGGGUGACUGGGGAAGCGAGGCCUGAGCAUAGCACAGGGCCCUCAGGCCAGCUGCUGGUGGAAUGGAGACCCUUCAGGAGGUGAUUUGGGCCAACGGGAGCACAGUUCUGCCCCCACCCCUGGCUCCCAACAUCAGUGUGCCACAUCGCUGUCUGCUGCUGCUCUACGAGGACAUUGGCACCUCUAGGGUUCGGUACUGGGACCUCUUGCUGCUCAUCCCCAAUGUGCUCUUCUUCAUUUUCCUGCUCUGGAAGCUGCCAUUUGCUCGGGCCAAGAUCUGCAUUACCUCCAGCCCCAUUUUUAUCACCUUCUAUAUCCUGGUGUUUGUGGUGGCGCUGGUGGGCAUCGCCCGGGCCGUGGUCAGUAUGACGGUCAGCACCUCGGAUGCUGCAACUGUUGCUGAUAAGAUCCUGUGGGAGAUUACCCGCUUCUUCCUGUUGGCCAUCGAGCUGAGUGUGGUUAUCCUGGGCCUUGCCUUUGGUCACCUGGAGAGCAAGUCAAGCAUCAAGCGGGUGCUGGCAAUCACUACUGUGCUGUCUCUGGCCUACUCUGUCACCCAGGGGACACUGGAGAUCUUGUACCCCGAUGCCCAUCUUUCAGCUGAAGACUUUAACAUUUAUGGGCAUGGGGGCCGCCAGUUCUGGCUGGUCAGCUCCUGCUUCUUCUUCCUGGUGUACUCUUUGGUGGUCGUGCUUCCCAAGACCCCUCUGAAGGAGCGAAUCUCCCUUCCUUCGCGGAGGAGCUUCUAUGUGUACGCAGGCAUCCUGGCGCUGCUCAACCUGCUGCAGGGGCUGGGAAGUGCGCUGCUCUGUGCUGACAUCAUCCAGGGGCUCUGCUGUGUGGACGCUACCACGUUCCUCUACUUCAGCUUCUUCGCACCCCUCAUCUACGUGGCCUUCCUCCGGGGUUUCUUCGGCUCGGAGCCCAAGAUCCUCUUCUCCUACAAAUGCCAAGUGGAUGAAACUGAGGAACCAGACAUGCACCUGCCCCAGCCCUAUGCUGUGACACGGCGGGAGGGUCCAGAGGCAGAAGGUGCUGCCAGCACACAUUUUGACUCAGCUGGUAUGGUGUCCUACCUGGAUGACAUCGCCUCCAUGCCCUGCCAUAUGGGCAGUAUCAACAGCAUGGACAGUGAACGCUGGAAGACUCUCAAUGCCUGAGUGCAGUUGUCCUGGUUGGAAAGAGUGCCAGGGCCCAUGGGGGCAGAUGGAAGAGGAGGCCAGGUAGCGCAGAUUCCCUGGAGGGGAGGAGGAGGAUAAGGUUAUGAGACCUUGUGUGGGUGGCAGCAAUGUGUAGGCUCUGUCCUUCCCACUGGUCCCCUAGUUCCCCUCAGCCACCUCUGCCCUAGCAGCCCCUCUCCGUUCCAUCUGCCCUUGCCCUGUUCUGCAGCAUGGCCCAGACUUUGAUCUCCAGGGCCAGGCUUGGCUAGACUAGCUGAGGGCAUUUUUUUUCUCCCAAGGAGAAAGUCUGGGUACUUAGGACUGAUCUGGCCCCCUCCCUAUAGCACUUUGGCCUUCUUAAAGCCCAGUCUGGCAGGUGGGCUGAAGAGUGUAUAGUUUCUUGAUGUAUUUUUUAAUAAAAAUGAAAAGGAG